AUGUCGAAAACAUAUACAUUUUCAGAUCUUAAAAUGCUCACAGGAGCUACUCUUAGAUCUUGGUUUGAUAAAGGCUCAAUCAGUGGCAAAGGAAGGUUUGCUGUGGUAGAUGUAAGGGAUUCAGACUACGUAGGAGGACACUUAAAAGGUUGCUAUCAUUACCCAGCUGGGGACUUUGAAAGUCAAUUGCCUGAGCUCAAACAGAGGCUCUAUAAUAACCACAUAGAUGACGUGGUAUUUCAUUGUGCUCUCUCUCAGAGUAGAGGACCGUCUUCUGCCUUAAAAUUCUUGAGAUCUUUGGAAGAUACUAUAGAUCCAGACGAGGUGCAAUAUUUUGAAGAUCUUAACGUGUGGUUAUUAAAAGGAGGAUUUAAUAAGUGGCAGCAGGUUUACGGAGAGGAUACAAAAGUUACUGAAGGAUAUGAUAAGGAACUCUGGCAAUCUUGA